CCCAUCCAGCAUGCUCGUCAGAAGCUUACUGUGUUGUGUUGCCGUAUCACAGUACAAACUCACAACGGCCGAACUGAAUCGCAAGCCUGCAUGACAUGAUGAUAUCAUUACUUCUUUUUUUGCCCAGGGAAAUUGAACGACUGGAUUAACAAUCCCACAUCUAUCUGCACCGUUGAGGGGUUGUUGCUUUGUCCGUGCUGAAGAUGGCAAGUCCCCAGGAUUACGGCAGUACCGCAGUGAUGGACACCUCUCUCUCUAUUCAGGCCUGCCCUACGCAUUCGGACACUGACAGCGGCCACCAUGAGGAAAGAAUAAGUUUCUCUGACCUUGGGAUACACCAGCAGCCCUCAUCCAUGGAGACAUGCUGUGGGCAGACACGCCACUUUUCAACCAUAUCGUGUAAGGAGUGGAUUUUCCUGGCAUCGUCCACCCUGAGCAUCCUAGCUGCGGCAGGUCUGACCAUCGAAAGGCUUGCCACUGUGCCCGUGAACUCGCCAUAUUUCACAUUCUCAGUGGUCGUGAUGAUUAAUAUCUGCUUCGUUCUUUGCUAUGUGAUAAACGGCGUCUUUACCGAGAGAUCUUACGAGAUAUUCAUCUUCAUUGUGGGCACCUUGAUUCUUAUGAUUGAAUGCAUCCUUAAUUUUGCAGUGACAAUCAAUUCACCAGAUAUGGAAAAGUACGAAAGGAGAGUCAAACUUACAAGAAUGAUUAUCCUCCUAGUCAUGGGACUCAUCAAUAUUAUUUUUGGAGCCAUCAUGUCCGCUACGUAUUGGUCGUCCACUGACGUCGUCUUCAGAUGUGCAGGGGCCCUGGUAGACCGUCAAGGUGUUUACUCCAGGAUGUGUUUCUCGGCGAGCAUGCUCAAGAUAGACCUGCAGUUGGAGCUUAGCCUGGUGGUGUUGGCACUGAAGUCAGGGCAGGAUGCCAAUCCCCCAGAGACCGUUAUACUGACAUUAGGAAUUAGCUACGUCAGCAUCUGGACUGUCUGCGGAGUUUUGGCAAUGACCAAAGACAGUAAACGCAUGGUAUAUGUCGUCCUGGGGCUGAGUUGGUGCGAGCCAGCUUACAUUGUCUACAGAUUUGUGGAUAUCGGAAUUCACUGGGCUACCUUCUCAAUCAGCAAAGUGAUUCCGGCAGCCAGCAUCGUGUUCGGCAUCUUCGGCUUGGUGGUGAGAGUAACUCUCUGUGGCGCUCUGGUCAGCGUCUAUCGAAAUUUUGGCAAAGGCAUGAAGGGAGAGGCAGGGAGAGGCAUCACUCCGCUUCUGUGAAUCAGUUCGAGCACAAGUGAGCGCAAGUUGACUACACAUUGGUUAUAUGCUACAAUUAAUGCCGCCGUUGUGGUGCAACCUGAGAUACCACUUGCAGACUACCAGCCAGUUACCGUUCUGUCAUGCCCAGUCGCUCAAUGAAGAAAACUUUAUCCUUUUUAUGCAUUUGAUCUGCUUAUUCAUACUAUCAUGUGUAGCCCAAAAAUACGCUAUAAUCCAGCGACAAGAUAAAGCCAUUACUGCGGGGCCAUACUAAUCGCAUGCCUGUGCGAUUGGUACGCGCGCGCUACAUUCCUCCCCGACCAAUGGGGUGUUUUCGACUUGCAAAAGUACGCGUGCACUCAAGGUAUUAGGACCCGUGCCAGAUGUGGUUGCCCCGCAAUAAUGGCGCCUCGUUAGAUUAGUCUAUAGGUAGAUUCCAGUUUAGAGGUCACAUUUCGACACUUUUUCAUUCUAGCUUGUACAUAGUUGAAGAUGUGAUGUAAUAAACGGGUGCGUGUUAGGGUGUCUUGAUGGUUUCUUAUAUUCAGUGCUGUUCUCCAUUUAUUAAAAGUAAUGUCCCAAAUUGUUUCGCUUUGAUACUACUUGGUUGAAUUCAAAGCUAAAUAACUUGAGAAGCUAUAUUUUUACUAAGUUUUUUGUUGGCUUAGGCCUAUCUUUUUUGCGUGUCAGUAGUUUCUUCCAUUGAUCAAUCUCAUCUACUUUGUUUUCGCUACUUACCUCAUCAGUUUAAUGUGCCACCAUCCCUGUCCAUGCACAUCUGACAUCCUCGUAACAUGUCCCUUGCUGCUCGUCUGAUCAUUUCAAGGUCUUGACGGAGAUUAUUGACUUCUUCCGCUAUUCUUGCACGUUAACUCCUGAACAUUAGCUGAUGGUGUAGUGAAAAUUUGGUUCUGAAGGUAACGCCAUAAAAAGAAGUCGCACAUGCUGACUUUUGUUAUCAAUAUGCAACUUCUCACAGUUCUUAAAGCAAAGGCAUUUGGUAUUCUGCACACUUGCAUGGUCUAGCCUUGUUAAUCACAUAUGCAAACUUGUC